GUGGAGUUAAACCAUUCAGCUGUAAUCAGUGUGGAAAGGCUUUUACUCACAAGAGUACGUUAAGAUGUCAUCAACUCAUGCACAGUGGAGUUAAACCAUUCAGCUGUGAUCGGUGUGGAAAGGCUUUUACUUACAAGAGUCACUUAAAAAGCCAUCAACACAUUCACAGUGGAGUGAAAUUGUUCAGCUGUAAUCAGUGUGGAAAGGCUUUUACUCGGAAGAGUCAUUUAAAAAGCCAUCAACUCAUUCACAGUGGAGUUAAACCAUUCAACUGUGAUCAGUGUGGAAAGGCUUUUUCUCAUAAGAUUAUGUUAAAAAGCCAUCAACUCAUUCACAGUGGAGUUAAACCAUUCAACUGUGAUCAGUGUGUGAAAACCUUUACUCAACAUGAACAGUUGUUGAUCCAUCAAUGCCCCCAUUCUGGUAGAAAGCGGUACCACUGUGACUCCUGUGAAAAAACUUUCAAGCACCAACAGAGCUUAAAAUGUCACCAACGCAUCCACACUGGACAUGAUGUGUACGUAUGUGAUCACUGUGGUGAACCAUUUGUAUUGUACUCACAGUUAAAAGCUCAUGAAGUGACCCACACUGGGGUUAAACCAUACAUUUGUGACCAGUGUGGGAAACGCUACAGCUCCACUGCAUACCUCAAAGUUCACCAACGUGUCCACACUGGGGAGACACCAUACAGAUGUGACGAGUGUAAGAAGACUUUUACAACUUUGGGUUCCCUGAAACAACACCAGCAGAUCCACACCAGAAAGAAAGCAUUCAAUCAGUGUCACAGUGAGAACGGAACAUAUGGACAAAACUCUCAGACUUGUCAGCACUCUUCCAAUGGUGAACAGUGCUGCUUUGACCAGUCUGGACCAACGUCCAACCAACAAGGAACCCUACAACGACACCAGCAUAUGCACACUGGACACAGACUGAACCCCUGCCAAGAAGAUUUGUCCAUGCAGGGUUCAGUAAAAGUUCAUGAAGUCCUCCCCAAACUUAAAGUCCUUGAGAUCCGGCUUCACAGAAUUCAGGUCUAAUUUCUUGUUUAGUGUCUUCGUUGCUUCGUUGCAAAAUCCAUUAAGAGGAAAGCUGUCGUUAACAGACGUGACUGGUAAAUUAUAAACCAUUCAAAGUGGUUACUCAGUUAAAUGAAUUAUCAGUGGUAGAGGGAUAGAGUCAGGAUGGAUGGAGGCAGUGAGCAGCAGGGCGAAUUUCACCCUGUUCCUCAGAUCCCUCUGUGCUGCAGGAACCCGUUAGAUGCAGAGCUGGUUCAGUGAUUCUCUGAUGAUUAAUCAUAAUUAAUUUAGGAGAUUACUGACCGUAGGUAUCUAUCUAUCCAUCUAUAAUCUAUCAUCUAUCUGUAGGAAUCUCUAAUAUUGAACAAGUAGAUCAACUAAUCUCAGAUUACGUGUGAGUUGAAAUAUAAAAACAUGAAGUGUUCUGUGAAAAAUCCAGUCUUUGAAAGCUGACAUGUAGUUAAGAAUCAUUUCUUUGUAAAUUAGCUGCAUCCAGUCAUUACCAUGACACUGGUAUCAUGGAACCAUGACCACAUAUAUGUGUCUGGAGAUAGUGGCAUUUUUAUAAUGGCACAUUUUCAUGCUUUGACAGAUACUGUGAGGGGAAAAAGUUUUCAGACACCCUGAAAAUUUUUACGCAUUCUUAAAUAUCAUGAAAUAUUUGUUGUAAAGUCUUUUUUGUGUGUUUCUAAGGGUGUGGCUGCAUCAGACAGACACAAAUACAAAUGAUUUUUUUGUUUGUUGUUUACAAGAAAAACUAACAAAACUAAAUUCUAGCAAAUUUCUCGUUUUAUGGAACCAGUCAAUUUUCAGUUUUUAAUGUCUUUUUUAGGAUGUGUUUAGUUUUAUGAUUGUACUAAAAUAAAUGACUCUUGAAGACCUCAAAGUGAUUCUUAAUGCAGUAUUUCACAAAUGUAUGGGAUGUCCAAAACUUUUUUCCACUGCUGUAUUUAACAGCAAUCUGAUCUGCUGAUGUUAGCAAGACAAACAAGUGAAGGUUUCAGGCUUUUAUCUAGAAUUCUUCUUGAUAUAUUCAUCAUCAAACAGCCUCAAAUUUCAAUGUGAGAAAAUGAAAACGAGUGAAACUGGGUCUACAGUCCACUGAAAAACCUCUAAGAAAGUGUCUGACAUACUGAGCUAAUAUUUCAUAGAUACCAUUAGAAAUAUCCAUAGUUUAUGAUUUAAAAAAAGUUUUUUUGGGAGGUGGUCAAUGAUUUGAAAUGGAGUUCCACUGUUGAAAAACCUCAGUCUCUGAUUCCGGCAUCAGUGCUCCAUUGUUGCAGUUGUGACGUUGUCUUUCAGAUGGUCCUAACACAGGCCACAACUGCUCUGGAAACAACACUCAUGUUCUUGUUUGGAACAGUUUCUCAGUAGAAAUUACGCAGCAAUGUCCAAGUUGU